AUGUCUAUGCUUCCUGGCCCUAUGGCCAUCACGGCCCCGACAGAACAGAUCAACGAGUCAGGUCUCGACUCCGAUGAGGUUCGCAAGAUGUCCCUGAGUGCCAACCACCCUGGUGUGCGCCAACGUCUAUGGGGUUUGCAAGCGCGUCUGGACCCAACCGUCACCUAUGAGGAAUUCACCUACUGGGCCAAGGUUGAGCGUGAGAUGGAACUCGAAGAGGGUCGUCGCUACAACGCUCUUACUGCCGGCCAGGGAAUGUGGGCAUCCAUCAAGGGCUACUUUGACCUGAACCAUAUUGAGAAGAUCAAGAAGAUUGAGGCCGACAACUCCCGUGCGCUGCAGAGCCACGAGGAGGUGACCAAUUGGUCCAAGGAUGAGAAGGAGCCCGUCGUCAAGGAUGAUGACGGUACCACCCCGAUCGAGCCUAGCCACACCCACGAAUACGAUGCCGAAUGGCGAACAGCUGCCCGAGCCCUGCGUACUGCUAGCUGGGGAGGUAUCUUCUACUUGAUUACCACCGAUAUUCUGGGUUGGGGUCAGACUCCUUACGUCUUUGCCAACACUGGUUACGGACUUGGUGUCGGUAUCUUCAUUCUCAUGGGUCUUGCUGCCGCUGGUUCGGGAUGGAUGAUCUGGAGAACCUUCCUGGGUUUGGACUCGUCUCGUUUCCCCGUUCUCAGCUUCGGUGAUCCAUACUUCCGUCUCUUUGGUCCUGGUGCUCGCCACUUCAUCAACAUUACCCAAUCCCUCCAGAUGUUCCUUACCGUCGCUGUCGUCCUGCUUGGUCAGACCUAUCUGAUUGCCCAGCUCGCCGGAAGUGUCAACCUUUGCUUCAUCGCCUGCGGUAUUAUUGGUUUGGUUGUCAGUAUUGCCAGUGGUUACAUGCGAUCCCUUAAGCACCUUGGUUGGUUCUGUAACUUGUCGGUGUGGAUCAACGUUAUUUCCUUCAUCAUCAUCUGCGUUGCUGCGGCCAAAUACGGACCCGAUCCCACUGCUGCUGUCACCAGCGGUAUUUUGCCCAAGUCAUGGGCAACUGACCCCGUCCCAGUCAAGACCUUCGUUGGCACCCCUCCUGCCGAAUACCAACAGACUGAUUCGAACCUGUUUGCUGCUCAGUUCAACGGAAUUAACAGCAUGGUUUACGCCUACUCCGGAGCUCUGCUGUUCGUUGCUUUCCUGUCUGAGAUGCGCCAGCCUUUGGACUUCUGGAAGGCCGUCUUCCUCGCCCAGGGCUUCAUUACCGUUAUCUACGUUUUCUUCGGUGCCUUCGCCUACUCCUACUACGGACAGUACAGUUACUCCACCAUCACCCAGACCGUCAAGCCACUGAGCCUCCAAACCGUGAGUAACGUGCUCUCCCUCAUCACCGGCUGGCUCGCCGUCUUCCUCUACUUCAACGUCGGCAUGAAGACCGUAUACCUCGAAGUCUGCCAGGAACUCCUCAAGGCCCCCCCAAUCACCACCAAGAAGGGCAAGUACUUCUGGUGGGGUCUCGGUCCCUUCUACUGGAUCCUCGCCUUCAUCAUCGCCAUGUCCGUCCCCCAGUUCAGUGCCUUCACCAACUUCGUCGGAGGUCUCUUCAGUCUGAACUUCACAUACUCCUUUGCCGGUGUCAUGUACUUCGGUUACGCCGUCCAGGAAGGUGCCAGACUCCCCGGUGAGGGAUUCGACCCCUACACCGGUGAGACCACCCGCUUCGACAACGGUAUCAAGAGAUGGACUCGUGGUUUCAUCAAGAACUGGUACAUGACCAUUCCCAGUCUUAUCUUCACCCUUGCUGGUUUCGCUGCUUCGGGUAUGGGUACCUGGGCCGCUGUCAAGGCUCUCGAGGCCGCUUUCGGCCCUGGUGGCUCGGUUUUGAGUUCUUGGACUUGCACCAACCCUUACUACACUGGUUAA